AGCGUCUUCAUUUGUGAAACUUAAAAUAGACCGCGCUCUGGCUACAGGAAGGAUUUUCGCCACCCCCUUCUCAAUGGUGUCAGUUAUCUUAUGCCUCAGAUUUCGAUGGAGUAAAACUAUAAAAAGGUCACGGGGCGCACCGGGAAGAUCACUGCAGUCGACUCAAGUCCUGUCUUUUUCGUCUGUACUCUUCAAAGCAAAGACAUCAACGAGAUCGAAAUGGCCUUCGCAAGUCUACUUAAAGACGCUGAUGUCGCUGCAGCCCUGGAAGGGUGCAAAGCUGCUGACUCCUUCGACCACAAGAAGUUCUUCAAGGCAUGCGGUAUGGCUGGCAAGUCCGCAGAAGACCUGAAGAAGGCCUUCCUCAUCAUUGACCAGGACAACAGUGGAUUCAUUGAGGAGGAGGAGCUGAAGCUGUUCCUGCAGACCUUCAAGGCAGGUGCACGCGCGCUGACCGAUGCCGAGACCAAGGCACUCCUGAAGGCCGGAGACUCCGACGGUGAUGGCAUGAUUGGCGCAGACGAGUUCGCUGCCAUGGUUAAGCAAUAAAGUGGCAACUGACCAACGACACCUGCUCUGAUGGAACAAAGCCCAUGCCGACCUCCCCUCGUUUUCAUCUGAAUAUAAAUAAUUUUUAUACAUUUGCUUAAGAGACUUUUCCUCCUAUGCAACACAUUGUCCAAACAAAAUGAUGAGUGUGAAUGUCGCUCGGUUGUGUUCAUGUCUUAAAUAUGAAUUUUGCUUAUUGUAAAAUCUAUGAUGCACUUUCCAGGUACAAACGAUUAAAAAAAACGGAGAAUAAAUAUUCUUUUGAUGCGGU